AUGAUAGACCAACGCCUCCCAAUCCAAACGCAACACUGCCGCUUCUGCAACCACCUCCUACUAGCAACAACACGAACCAUCAGCACACUUCCACGACGCAGCGGCGAAGGCAAAGAUAAAGCGCUGAUCCUCCCCCUCGAGCGCAAUAGCUCGGAAGACCGCGAUCUGGAAGCCGAGCUCGAACAGGAAGCAGCCAGCGCAGCAGAAACGCCAGCGCGCAAAGCAAGACACGCCUUCAGCCACACGACACUCCUCCUCGCAACUACAAUUCCAGAUCGGCGGGCGACGAUAAUCCGGCGCGAUGACGGGAUUGAGAAGAGGAUUCUUCUGAGGUGCGGGCGGUGCAAGGUUGUUGUAGGGUAUUAUUUGGAUCGGAUCCAUUGGGGAUCUGCUGCGAACGGGAGUGCGGGGACUGAGGAGGGAGCGGAGCAGCGGCCGCCAGCCGUUUAUCUUCUUCCUGGAGCUAUUGUGGAGACGGAGAAGAUGGGGGGUGAGGGUGUUGGGGAAAAGGAGUGGAGGGAUUGGGCUAUUUAG